AGCACCAACUCCCAACAUUAGUCAAAAAAAGUCCUUUUCUUUGUGACCCCAUUUCUCUCACGCUUCAAAUCAUGGAAUUUUCAUGAAUCCCUUUAAGUAUUUUCCUCUUUUCUUCAAUCUGUGACCUCAAAUACUGUUUUUUGGCUACUGGUUUCUGCAAAAAUGUCAACUUUUGACACUGUAAACACUGACAUAGAGGCAAAUGGCAGUGGCGACAAUGCUAAUCUUGCCCGUCAGCGCCGCCGUCAACGACGCCGGAGGCGACGGCGACGGAUGCCAUCCAUGGCAGGGAGCAGCAAGACCACUACUGAUGGGAGCUUUCGGUUCUCCGAUUCCGACUCAGACCAGUCUUGGCACUCUCCUUUAGGCUCUGUGGCAGGUGGGUCUUACCGUUACGAAGAAUGUGGGUUUUCUAUGAGGUCUGAGGGCAAUUUGGUCCAUCGUGAGCAUAGCAAAAGAGGGUCUUGUCCGUUGCCAGAUGAAGAGAUUGAUUUGGAGAGUGGUGAGUUGGAGUUGAAAGUGCAUAAAGAUGAGAAAACCUGUAGGAUUUGUCAUUUGAGUUUGUUGAAAUGUGGUGGCAUUGGUGAUGAUGACCAACUCCUAGAGGCCUCUGGUGGAAUGGCCAUUGAAUUGGGCUGUUCUUGCAAAGGUGAUUUGGCAGCUGCUCAUAAACAUUGUGCUGAAACUUGGUUCAAAAUCAAGGGAAACACGAUUUGUGAAAUCUGUGGUGCAGUAGCGGUGAACGUUAUAGGAGGGCAGGCAAGUGAACCCAGCAAUGCUACAAUAGCCACUGUGGGAGUAUCAAGUGCACCUGUAGUCCUUUCUGAAACCCGAAGAUUCUGGCAUGGACGCCGAAUCAUGAAUUUCCUGCUUGCAUGCAUGAUUUUUGCCUUUGUCAUUUCAUGGCUUUUUCACUUCAAAAUAUUCCCUUGAAUUUCGUUUAAGAUCGUCCUGGCUGGACUUGUUUUUAGUGACAUCAUUAACGACUCAACCAUGGGCGAUUUAUGAUGUAGAGGUAUAUUUGGGCUGAGGAAUUUUCAAGGCAAGAUAGCAUUUUGAUUCAGGUCAUGUACUUCUUCUCAAGAGUGUUCCUCUGGAAUGCAUAUUUGAGAAAAUGACUUGUAACUGGGAAUGCAAGAGACGAAGACGACCAAUGUCUUAUUAGUUCAUCAAACAUCAUGUGGAAAGAAGUCUACUCCACCAGUAGAAAAUCAUCCUCCAUAUAUCCAUGUUAAUAUCUCCGACAUAUCCAUAUUAAGCAGUGGUGAUGGUGCAGUGUAUUCUGUUGUAUUUCAUUAUUGCACUUUUUGUACAAAUAUUUUCAUGUUGCUUAGUUACCUAAGUGUGUUCCAGUCAACACCCUUGCUUCUGAUAUAUUUAGCCUGUGUCCCCUUGUAAGUUCUCUGCAUCUCAGAAAACUGCCAACCAUUUGAGGAGGGUCGUUUUAUAUUUGAUCAGACUGUAAAAUGACAUUGUGUAUUUUAGACAGGUUUUGAAUAUUCUGAACUUCUGAUCCUUUAUAUGC